GGACUAGAAAAAAGAGUUGGAUGUUGGAAGAAACUGGAAGGAGUUGGAAAGAAAUGGAAGAAACUUGAAGGAACUCGAAAAAACUGGACGAAAUUGGAAUGAACUGGAAGAACUUCCUUGACAAAAUUGAUAACAGUCGCACAACAUGGAAGCUAACGUUACAAGCUAUACGCCUUGACAACAUCUCCGCUUGGGCAAAGGGAGAUCAGAUCGAUUCUUCAUCUAUCGAACACACAACGAAAACAUAUAGCAGUCGCGGUAAGAGACGUCGUCGGGGCAAGGGUUUCAACCCUAGCCCCGACACUAUUGACGAUGACGCCAUCAGCGAUAAGGAUGAGGCAGGGAGCAACGACAGUAUGGAGUGGCGACCAGUGAUUCCUGACGAUGAUUCAAUAGCGAUUACAACGCCAGUCUAAGAAAAAAAUCAGGCGCCUAUGGUUAUUUGUGGGCUGCGCCAGAUGGCUGACUACAAUCUUCCGCCGCUUCCUUCGCCAUUGGCUGAAUUUAAGGUGAAUGAAAUUCAAUUAAUUUC